UAUUGCCGCUGGGGUUGGCCCUUGCUCUGUUGUAGAUUGAGUAUCUCCUGCGGAAGCUGACGGAGGCGAUGGGCAGCGGUUGGCAGCAGGCCUUGUUCGAGGACUAUAAGAUCAGUCUCCACGACAAGCAGAAGGGACUGUCCGUGUGGGAGCUCAUCGAGUUGAUCGGGAGCGGGCAGUUCAGUAAAGGCACGGACUCCACCACCGUGUCCAUGGCCAUCAACGAGGUGUUUAAUGAGCUCGUCUUGGACGUCUUGAAGCAGGGUUAUCUGUGGAAGAAAGGGCACAAGCGCAAGAACUGGACGGAGCGCUGGUUUGUCCUGAAACCCAACGUCGUGUCUUAUUACGUCAGCGAAGAUCUGAAGGACAAGAAGGGAGACAUCUUUCUGGAUGGGAACUGCUGUGUGGAGUCGUUGCCUGACAGAGACGGGAAAAGGUGUCUGCUCCUCGUGAAAUGUGUAGAGAAAAGCUACGAGAUCAGCGCCUCCGACAAGAAGAAGAAGCAGGAGUGGAUUCAGGAUAUUCAGACGGUCAUUAACCUGCGGAAGAUGGGGAUCUCCUCGCCGCACAGGGACGCUCGUCAGAAGAGGAAAGCGUUGCGGCAGAGGCUACAAGCCGAGCAAGAGGAGCUGGAGCGCAAGAUGAAAGACCUGCAGGCGUCAAAUGAGCUGAAGCAGCUGGAGCUGGAGCAAGUGCGCAUGCAACUGAGGGAGGCAGCCGAGCACGCCGCGCAGGAGGAAAAGAAACGCCAUGACACCCACAUGGAGCUACAGGACCGGUUCAAAGUGGAGCUUGAGCGGGAGCAGACGAUCCGGCACCAGAUGGAAGAGAAGGUGGCGCAGAAGUCCUCGGAGUUGGAGCAGUACCUAAAGCGCGUGCGGGAGCUGGAGAAGAUGUAUUACCGUCUGCAGGAGGCGCUGGACGAUGAGAAACAAGCUCGCCUCGAGGAGGAGAAAGCGCGGCUGCUCCAGACACGGCUCCUGGAGGAAGAAGCUACAAAGAGGGCGACACUGGAAAGUCUGCACAAAGAGCAGGAGAUGACCAUCAGGAUGACCGAGGCAGAGAAGAAGGAACUGGAGACCAUGCAGGCCAUGAAGGAGCAAGCCCUGCAGGAGGCCAUGCAGCAGCUGGAGCAGCUGGAGAAGGAGCGGAUCGCAGCUCUGGAGCAAUACGAGCAAGUUAAAAGUAACCUCGAAAUGGCGACCUGUAAGACCCGGAGCUGGAAGGACAAGGUGGCGCAGCACGAGGGGUUAAUCCGGUUAAUACAACCAGGAUCUAAAAACCCUGGAAUGAUCAGAAACUGGGGCCCAGCGUCCUUUACCAAAGGGGAGCUCCAGGAACGAGAGAAGAACUGGCAAGAGAAGAAGAACUCCAGCCUGGAAUAGGAUAGGAACAAGCUGACCACUUGGUGCAAGGGGCAGAAGACACAAUGUGGUUAGGAAAUAGACAACCCGAAGCUCCAGGAGAACGUUGCAGCUUUAGAGUAUUAUCUUGUCCUUAGAGUACCAAGAUUUUGUAAUUAUAAAAGGGACACAAUGUGUAACCAUAAAGCAGUAGCGGGAUUCAUCUGCCCUACCGUCCUACUGGAUUAUUUCUCUGACCACAUCAUCUGUCCACCUGGUCACCUGCACAAUCUGCCCCAAAGCACCAUCUUCCCAUCCACACUCCAAGAGGAUCUAUGGAAAGAGUAACCUGCUGGCGUUGAGGAGCUGCAUCUGGAUCCCCAUGAACCACGGACUGUCCCUGCUCAGUCCCAAAACUGGAACUUGUAGGACUUUCUCAAGGAAGGGACGGUGUACUUAACCCUUUCUCAUUCUAGACCGGCAGACGGUCUUGUCUCCAUUAUAUUGCGUUCAUCUCAUUUAUAUUUUAAUGAUAAGAUCCCGUUGUGGAUCUCUGCUGAUGAUGGGAACUCGUUACGUUUGCGGAAUCUGUCGUAGCCUCUUCCAUAAAGUGUUAAUAUAAAAAGA